GGAUCAUUUUAAUAUCGUUUUAUUUUAUGUUUAGAACAUUUCUCUUGAUUUUUCUAAAUAUAUUUCAUAACCCCACUUUUACCUCUCUUAUCAAGUAAUAUAUUCCUGACCUUAUAGAUAAUUCAAUUCUAUGUUUUCUUUCUAGCGUGAGUGAUGUAUUUGUGUUUUAUUCACUGCUGUUUCCAUUCCCUCUUGUGACCUUGCUCGUCUCUGUUUGGACCUUGCGCUUGCCGUACCUGUCAGUGCGGACUUCGCUUUUUUUUUCUAACUCCUCCUCGGGAUAAAUAACAGAAGAUGUUUGUGUUGGUGUGGCUGCUGUACUAACUCCUUUUUAAACAUGUCUCUCAAUGGAGGCGGAGGCAGAGGGUUUUAUUUUAACACCGUCUUGUCCUUGGCUCGUUCGUUGGCAGCUCACCGGCAGGCACCGAUUGAAAAGGUAACGGUUUAAAACAGUACGUGAUGAAAGCUAACGAGCUAAUACCUGUCAGGGAGUCUUCGGCACUAAGGCCCGUUUUUACUCCGCUUUUACAGCUGUGUGGGCAUAACCGCGGAUUUAAUUCCAUAGAUAACGUCUCUGUGAGCAAACACAUGUAUGAAUGAAACCGUAAUUUUAGGACUUCGACACGGAAGCAUCAGUAACUGACAUGAGAGAUGCGCUAACGGCUGCUAACGUUAGCUGUUGUGAACCUGUAAUCUCAGAUUAUCGUCAAAGAUAUAUGGACACACAGUCAGCAGCCUCACGUGCCAUAUGUUUACGACCUCACCACUGGGAGUACUCUGCUUUUUAUUACAGUUUAUUAUCAACUAUAAUUCAUUCAUUAGAGUUCACCUGACAGAGGCAGCUGGGACUCACCUUUUUACUUCACAAGCUGCACUUGAUCAAGAUCUCCAUGUGUUUUUAUGAUACUUUUAUUUCUGUGAAUUAUUGAGGAGGAUGUUUACAUUUUACAGCAUUUAUGACAGGACUUUGUGCCCUUCUGUGUGUAUGUAGAGUGCUGCUUGUUUUCUAAUUAAGUGGAAGUAAAAUCUGACACCAAAGAGACCAGUGUUUAGAGUUCAGAAAGUGAAAGGUUCCUGAUCAAGAAUAUCAGCUGCUCAUCAGUUCAGGGUCUCUAAAUGUUGCUCCAAAUGUUUUCAAUGGGGGACAAGUCAGGAUUACAUUAGUCCAGUUUCUUUAGCAGGACUCUUCUCCUGUUGUAAUCCCUGUUGUCAGAAUGUGGUUUGGGAAAGGUCUUCCCUGAAAAAAAUCAUUGUCUGGAUGUCAGCAGAUGUUGCUCCUAAACCUGGAGAUAUUGUUUAAAACUGAGGAUGCAGCAUCUAUGAUGACCAAUUCUUUAUUGAAAGGUGAAACAUCUCAAGUAAGUCCAGUUGUUCUUUCCACGCGGUGAUUUCCACUCCAGAGUCCUCCAGCAGAUAAUAAUAAUAAUAAUAAUACAUUUUAUUUAAAAGCGCCUUUCUGAGCACCCAAGGACACUUUACAGGGCAUAAAAACACAGCUAGAAACAUAAUUAAAAUAAAUAAAAACAACAUACAGGUGUGAAAGUAGACAGUUAAAGUGAGUAUGCGAUUCGGAAUAGGUGUGUUUUGAGAUUGGAUUUAAAGUGGGGUAGUGAGUCCAUGUUCCUGAGGUAGAGAGUUCCAGAGUUUGGGAGCAGAGCGACUGAAAGCCCUGCUCCCCAUGGUGCUGAGCCGGGCAGAGGGGACAGAGAGGUGGAGGGAGGAGGAGGAUCUGAGGGAACGUGAGGGGGUGGAUAUGUGGAGGAGAUCGGAGAGGUGGGGGGGGCAAGGUUAUGGAUGGCCUUGAAGGUGUACAGGAGGAUUUUGUAGUUGAUUCUGAACUUGACGGGGAGCCAGUGAAGCUGCUGAAGGACAGGGGUGAUGUGGUGAACAGUCGGCUCCUAACCCUGGAGAUAUAGUUCAGCAUUAAUGGAGCCUUCACAGAUGUAGAAGAUACCCAUGACAUGGACUCUGAUGAUCCCCAUACCAUCAGGGAUGCUGGAUCUGUACCCUGACCUGAAGCCCCCGAGGCUAAAGUACUUCACACAAGUUACUGCACAGUAAUAUAAGAGGGACAGAGUAUUUGUGGAGAGUUUUCCAGUGAUAGUUAAGCUGAUGAUGUGUCCGCUCUCAGCAAUCAAUAGUAAAUGACAACAGUUUAAACGAUCAGACAGAGGGAUGGAUCAUAAGUGAGACUGAACGACCAGCUGCCCCAAGGCUCUUAAAGUCCCAGUUCACUGUCUGCUUGUUGUCUUUUUUCACACGCUGCUGUUUGCUGAUUUGUUACAGAAAUAUUUAUAUUUAAUGAAUAUUUGUAGCCCAGUUUUUACAUCAACAAGCUAAUCCCUGGCAACAGUUUGAUCUUCAUAGCAACAGUCGGCUAUCGAGGAAUAACAGACCGUCACUAUGGGAUGCCAACCAAUCAGAAUCGAGAGUUUUACAUAGAUAUGAAAUAAAAAAAGGAUUACAAAGGCAUGGAUUACAUAAUACGGAGCCUUUUCCAGCUUGAGCAGUCUCCUGAUUUCCAUCCCUGUUGAGGUUUCAGACCCUUCGUUAGGAAACUGGCUUUGCUCCAGCACACUUGCCUCAUUGUUUUUGCUCUCUCCUUCUUUAAGUGGGUGUCAGAGGAGGCUUAGGUCUUAAGAGGAAAUAUUGCAGCUUUUUUACGAGAAUUUUUUCAUGAGCACAUUUUUCCUCGUCUCCAUAAGAGGAUUUGUUGCUGUCCAAACAGAGCAGGUUGAACUUUGGCCCACAUCCAGCUGAAAAAUCCAUAUCCCGUUUUUAAUUUGAUGACUGUUUUGACACUGACUGACGUGAUUGGGUUGAUUUAGACUCUGAAAUCUAAAUUAUAACAGGAGAGGGCAGAGCUGUGUUAUAAUUACAGCUGCUCUGUUUUCAGAAUAAAAUAAAACUUGAAGGGUUAGUGAUCCCCGGUCAGAGUCCAGCUCUUCUUUACCAUGAAGCCCGCUAAUACCAGAGGUCGCUUUGGCUCAAUCCUGACUCACAUAGAGGCCAAAAAAUCAUUAUCACUAAUGGAAGCAGACAGGACUGAUGUGUCUGUGUAAGCCCUGAGAGCAGGUGAAGUCUAAGCUUUUUAUAGAUUCUAUUAUCCACCGACAAGCUUCUGCUCACAGCUCCCUUUAUUCAGUGCAGCCAGCUGCAUAAUGAAUUCAUGUGUCCUGUCCCCGCAGGUCCAGAAACUACAAUGCAUGUGUCCCUUGGACUUCAGAGGAGUCUUUCAGCUGGACGAGAGGAGGAGAGAUGCUGUCAUUGCACUCGGCAUCUUCCUGGUGGAGUCUGAGCUGCAGGUCUACAUUAAACCUAAUCGCUCCUCAGCUUUGUGGUGACACCAGGUUUACUGUAAAGAGAGUUAACCCUUAAAAUCCUGCUCCUCUCUUGCAGCACAAAGACGCCAUCGUCCCCUACCUUCUUGGGCUUCUCAAAGGGCUUCCUAAAGUUCAGUGGAUUGAAGAAAGCUCUGAGCGCAAAGGCAGAGGUAAAUACUCUCUAUCUGUGUAACAUUUCUGUACUUUUUAUUUAAAAGUCUCACCAAAAGUGCUGUUUUUUUAACAUUUAGUCCCCUCACUGUGUUGCAGAGACUCUUCCUGUUGCCGAGAACUUCAGCUUUUCUCUCGUAACACUACUGUCAGACGUUGCUCAGCGGGAUGAAACUCUACGACCACAGGUGUGUUUCAGGGUUCAUAAGUGUAGCAGCAGAAGGCCAAAACCUGCAGACUCUACCUCAGAGAUGUGCUGGUUGUCCAAAGUGAUGAAUUCAUCCACCUUCUCUAUAAUCCUUUCAGCCUUUUCACUCAGUCUGUCCAUGUAGAUUCUCAUUCAUCCAGGUCAUGGUUUUCUUGAAGACUCCAAAAUCUGGCAACUGGACUAUGUAGAGUUUGAGAAAACGUUUCGCUGCUUAUCCAAGAGGCUUCUUCAGCUUCUACGAGCUAUUUUAGAACUGAAGAAGCUUCUUGGAUAAGCGGCGAAACGUCUUCUCUAACUCUACAUAGUCCAGUUGCCGGAUUUUGGAGUCUUAAAGAAAAUUUUCACUCAGUCUAGUAUAUCUCUCCUUUCUUCUACAGUCCAGAGUUUGUGGUUUUGAUGCAGUAAGACUCUUCUCAGAUUGUUGAUUUAUGAAAAGCUUUAAAAAGGACAAAUCAGCUGGAAUCAGAGCGCUGAGAUCAGGAUCCAGGAAUCAGCAGUUGUCACAGGGGAUAAUGCAAGAUCCUGAUUCUCUGGGUUUACUGUCAUGGACUCCUCACUCCUCUCUUCUUCUUCAUGCUGGUUUUGCAGGAAGUUUUUUAAAGCUCUAUUUUGGGUAUUUAAGCCUUUAUGAGGACCGCUGAAGAGAGAGAGAAAUGUGGAGAGAAGAUACAUGAAGCGAGGCGUCGAGCUGCUUCAGAGAAGACUAUAUCCUCUGAAUUUGGGGCGCUGUGACUGCUGAGUCAUUGGUGCCCCAUAUAGACCGGAUUAUAGCAGGACCUCAUAGUUUCAGUUCUGAGUUCCAUGGUCCUUUUUCAGUCUUUAGUGUGAUAAAUGUCCUCAUUGUGUCAGACUCCCAGGAAAGACACACUGUCUGAGAAAACACAAAGAAGGAAGUGUGCGCUGAGAUAAUCCUGUCUCUUUGACACAGGCUUCCUGAACCACGUUUUCGUUUCAGCUGAACUUCAGAAAAAACGUUAAGACAAAAAAAAAAAAAAAACACUGUCGCUUUAGUCUUUCAUCACAAACACGGGAAAUUCCUAAUUUCCUCCAGUUACAUGAACUGUGGUUUUAAAGUCAAACUCUUUCUGUAAAUAUGAUCCUGUUGGGUUUUGUGACUUCUUUAGAUCCUGGAGUCGGUCAUGGAGCUCAUGCAGGUGCUGCAGGAUACCUGUAAGGCUCCAGAAGCUCAUGAUAAAGGUGCCCACAUAUCAAACACACCUCCUCUUCAAUCUGUAUGAUCCUCUGCUGUCCGACUUGUUCAUGUUUCGUUACUCUCCCUCUGUACAGAGUACCUGUGCAGGUACACCGUGCCCACUCUUCUCGGUGUCGCUCGAGCGUUCGGCCGAUACAGCAACACAGACGAGCCGCUACUGUCCAAGCUAUUUCCUCGACCGGUCGCUCCUGUGCUGCCCGCCACAACCGAGAGUGACCCGGUGCACCGACGCUCCUUCAACGACUUCCGCUCCAUCCUGCCGAGCUCGCUGCUCACUGUGUGUCAGGGGGACACGCUUCGACGGAAAGGCUCCUCUUUGUCCAGUGUUUCUCAGCAGGUAGAGACGAUAAUGAGGAAUCAUUAAAAGAAUACGAUCUACCUCUAAAAGGGUUACUCAACGGUGUUUCUGUGUUUCCAGGCCAGUCCAGAGAGAGCCUGUCUGACCCCCAUCUCACCUGCUGACCCCUCUGCCCAGUACUUUGAAGGUGAGCCCACUAAGCCAACACUAACUCAUCUUAUAGUGGAUAUUUCCUGGUCCUGGUGGGCCUGUUUCUUUAGGAUCCAAACCCAAUCGGGAAAAAACCUUCGACAGGGUUUGAGUGACAGCUGCCUCACACCCCCUCCUCAUAUCUCUGCUGUUCCCUCUCAGGUUCGUACCUCCCUGACGGCAGCGCAGUUGACCCAGAUUAUUAUUUCUCCACCAUCAGCUCCAGCUUCUCCGUCUCCCCUCUCUUCACGGGGAGCAGCACCGGAGAGUUCCAGGUCCCUCUGGACACUCUGAGGCAGCUCCUCCAUAUGGUCAGCAGGAUGAUAAACAAAAAUCUGAUUUACAGACACGAAAAAAAACCAAAACAGUAAAACUGACUCUGAAAACCUUUUUUUUUCCUCUCACAGGUGGAACAGUUUGUCUCUGAGACAUUUCUGAAAUCACUGGAUGAUUCUUUGGCAGAACUUGGAGAGGUAAGAAGUUUCAGAGCUCACAGCUGAUUGUUGACUCAGUUUUGUCCCGGCAUGUUCAUUGUUUUGUUCUUUUUUGGCAGCUGAGUCCUGGUCUUCACCUCUACUACAAAACCUUCAGUGACCCUCUUUAUGUAGCGAUUUUUAAGAUGCUCAGAGACACGCUGUACAAUCUAAAAGGUAAAAAGUUAAAUUAUACGUCUUCUGAGCCUCAGUUUUCUUCCUGAACAGCAGCAGCAAUAAUAACACAUCUCCUUCAUUUCACUAGACCUCCAGACGGACUUUGUGAAGGAGGUUCAUGACUUUGUCCUGGAGCAGUUCAGCAGCAGCCAAUCAGAGCUGCAGAGGAUCCUGCACGACGUGGAGUACCUCCAGAGUGAGCUGAGCCCGCUCAAGCUGCGCUGUCAGGCCAACGCUGCCUGUGUGGACCUGAUGGUGUGGGCGGUGACUGAAGAACAGGGUGAGAAAUCACUUCACAAGAACAGAGACGGAGGAAAACGGCUCUAGACGUCGUCGUCUUUGCAAAUGUUCCCUGUCUUAUUUUUUUUUCACCAGGAGCCGAGAAUCUGUGCACCAAACUGUCGGAGAAGUUGCAGUCAAAGACGUCCAGUAAAGUCAUCAUCGCACACAUGCCCCUCCUCAUCUGCUGCCUGCAGGUAUCAGUCAAACACUUCCUUCAUCCCUUAUCAGAAAAUGAAGAAGAAACUCUUUGUGAACUUCUGCAUCAGAUACGAACUCAAACUCAGAUUAGAGGUGGCCAUGCUUCCCUGUCAACUCUUCUUCUGCAUAUUUUAGCAGAACAGGAAACACAGGAGUCUGAUUCGUGCUUUUCAGAGAAUAGUUUGAGGUUUUAGAUGGAGGACGGGACAGCAGAAAGAGUAAACAGUUGAGGAGCAAAGGCCUCAUUUAAAGUCUUCACCUGUGAGUUUGUGAAAAAGAGUUUUCCAGCAAGAAUAGAUGGGGUUACAUCCUCUGGGUUUUAAACACGUUACACAAAGUGGAAAAGACAAUGUCAAGGAUUCAACUGAGUAAGAAUUAGAGGGCGGUUACUUGUUUAUCUGGACUAGCUGGUUUCAAAGUGAACCACAUAAAGUUCUACUAAUUAGACAGAAGACAUUUGUUUGAUAUAGAUGUUCAAUCUCGGCUGAAAUACUUCCAUUACCUCCUCAUACUCCUGUGUGUUUCAUGUAGGGCUGGACGAUAAACCAAAAAUUUACAGAUACCAAAAUUUACGACAAUAACUGAUGUCAUUUUGCCAAUAUCGGUAUAUUCGAUGUCAAAAAAAAUAAAAAAUCAGUAAAAGUUGGUCUUGGUUGUGUAUAGGAUAAUAUCCUAAAGCUUGGACAGUCGAGGAAGCAUCGACCAACAUCGCAAAUAAACUUGUUUUAAAAUUUUUAUUCAUUAAGUAGAAAAUUAAAGGCAAACAUCAACAGACGGUGAAGUGCAUACAGUAAGAGUUUUAGUGAGUGAUCGUUAAAAUAAAAAGUUUAUUAAAUUUAUAAAUACUUUCCUGGGGCUUUUAUUUUGAAAUUUGUCAACAAAAGGGAACUGCCUGAAAAUUCAAUGACUGCAAAUUUCUUCUCAAACGAGAAAUACUCUGUAUGUUUUAAGGAUAAAUAAUCGAAGACAGAGACUAUUUUCUUUAUAAUUUAGUUUUAUUUCAAUUUAAUGAACAGCUUCAGAUCUUUUUUGUAUAAAUUAGGUGUUAAAUUAAAUGGUUUUGGUUCUCUGAGUUAGGGCUGGGCGAUAAACCAAUUUGCCCAUAUCAGUAUAUUCGGUGUCAAAAAAAAUAAUUUAAAAAAAGUUGGUUUUGGAUGUGUGUAGGUAGGCUAUGGUCUUAUGUCCCUUUAAGUUGCUGUCCUACAUCAGAGACGUGACUCCACCCCAUCCAGUCCAUAACAAAGAGGGAAAGACAGGUGAGGAGAUGGAGGAUGGUUCAAAAGUUGUAGCGGCUGAAGUAGACCAAGCUAAUGUUGGAGGGGGUGAGCAGCUUGUGGGGUAGUUAUCGACCAUUUAUUGUUAUUGAGGUGAACUGAUCAAUAUAUCAUUUUAUUGAUUUGAAGCCAUAUUGCCCAGCCCUAGUUUCACGUGUGUCCAAAUUAGUGAUCUGAAGCCGCCAAUACCCUAGAAGUGUACGUAGAGAUAUAUCUAUAGAUUACACAUCAUGUCUUCAUUUUCUAGAUCUAAAUAUUGACGCCGGCCUCGCUCUAUAAGAUGCCAUGUUUAACUGAUCUCUCUUUCUGCUGAUGCUUCGUAAACACAGAUGCCUCCAGCAGGUUGAAUCUGCAGCAGCUGUGUUUGUUUUUGAUGAGUCAGCUGUAGUUGUUUAUCCAUACGCAGUAAAAACAAACCUCUGUGUGUUUUCAUGGUCAGGGUCUGGGCCGUCUGUGCGAGCGCUUCCCUGUAGUGGCUCAUUCAGUCACCAUGUCGCUCCGAGACUUCCUGGUGGUGCCAUCUCCUGUCCUGGUGAAGCUGUACAAAUACCACAGCCAGUACACUUCAGGUGACCACAGAACUCUCCAGAACCAAUCAAACGCAGCCUCGUUUAUCGUUGCGAGUUUAUUAACGAGUCUUUUUUUUCUAAGGGGGAGGCGAGAUAAAGAUCCACGUGACAAACGAACACUCCCAGUCCACUCUCAGCACCCACUCCAGCAAGAAGAGCCAGCCGUCCAUGUACGAGCAGCUGAGGGACAUCUCCAUCGAUAACAUCUGCAGGUAGAUCCACCUUCACUGUACUAACAUGAGACAUGGAGGUUCUGGUUUUCAAAGGUCUUACUUCUCCUCUGUCUUCUCCCCCUCAGGUGCCUGAAAGCCGGCCUGACCAUGGAUAACGUCAUCGUAGAAGCGUUCCUCGCCAGUCUGUCCAACCGUCUCUACAUCUAUCAGGAAAACGACAAGUAAGAGAAGAAGUCAUCAAACCAGCUUUGGUAAAAACUCUAUAUGCUGCUAUAUAGAGGGUCUCAGGUCACAUAUUUUCUCCUCUCUAUCCUCAGAGAUGCUCACCUGAUCCCAGACCACACCAUCAGAGCUUUGGGUCACAUCGCCGUCGCUCUGAGAGACACCCCCAGAGUGAUGGAACCCAUCCUGCAGAUCCUGCAGCAGAAGUUCUGUCAGCCUCCGUCGCAGCUCGACGUCCUCAUCAUCGACCAGCUGGGCUGUAUGGUCAUCACAGGGAACGUGAGUAAAACAACCUCCACCUUCACGUUUGUUUCUCUAAGAUCUUUAUUUUGAAUUUAAAGGUUUUAAAUUUUCUUUCUCUUUAGCAAUACAUCUACCAGGAAGUCUGGAACCUGUUCCAGCAGAUCAGCGUGAAAGCCAGCUCCAUGGUCUACUCCACCAAAGACUACAAGGACCAUGGAUACAGGUGAGCGUGAUCUUUAAGAACAUAUCAGGACAAACGUUCUCCUCUGUGUGUUUCAGUUCAGUUUAAUGUUCUCACUUCUGAAAACAGACACUGUUCCCUGGCGGUGAUCAAUGCGCUGGGGAACAUCGCAGCCAACCUCCAGGCAGAGCAGAUGGUGGACGAGCUGCUGGUCAACCUGCUGGAGCUCUUUGUUCAGCUCGGCUUAGAGGGGAAGAGAGCCAGCGAGAGAGCGUCCGACAAAGGCCCGACUCUGAAGGUGAGACAUGCCUUAAGUCCUGAACCUGAGAGUCCAGAGAGGAGACAAAGAGAUUGAGAGAAAGGGGAUUAUCCUGAGGCUCCUUUUAGUCUCACUUUAGUCUCAGACACGUGGGAAGAGGGAGGUUUGGAGGGUGUUUAUUUUGGGAGAUGUUUCAAAUGAUCUAGUUUUUGUUCUUCAGCGUCACUUCCUCGUACCAAAGUGUAGAUAUAACCUCACUUACACAUCUCUUUUCACAUCUAUCAAGAAAGACAAAGGAAGACUUCUCAGUGUCAGAAUUACAGACUAAACUCUUAAAGACUUAUCUGUUUUCUUAUCAGACUUAUCUGAUCUGUUUUCACCUUUAAUCCUGUCACUCAGGGACACUUAUAGAGUAACUUAGCGCGGUUUACAGCUCAUACAACUGCUUAUUUAUGUUUAAUUAAAGUCUAAUUUGAGUUGAAUUCAGCCUCUGCCUCAAACACUUCCUGUUGGCUGCUUUGACACUGAGAUAAAGUGAGAUUCAGUUUGUGGGUGUUACUUUUUACAAAGCUCUAGAGUCAGAAAACGUCUAAGCUAGCUUCUGAACUUCAUGAAGGUCUUACUUGAUGAACAGCUGAGACUCAAGUCCAUCUGGUCCCAGUCUUUGAUAACACAGGAGUUAUGACAAACCUCCUGAUGUUUUCUGGAGCUUCACAAUGAAACGAACAUUUUCAGAGACAAACUGAAUCUACAAAGUCCAGAGCAGGGAAGAGGAAGAGGAGCAAUGUGAACUUCCCAGUCGAGGGGCAGUUUUAGAGCGCCUCAGGGUGGGCGUGUCCUAACAGGAGUUUGUAACCUGAUGGCAGGUCCAGUCUUGAAACCAGCUGUUUAGAGCAGAACCAGAAACCCGUCUGAGCUUCAUCGGUGUGUCUCCUAUUGGACGUCCUACACUUGGACAUUAUGGGAGCAUCUUUCAAUACAGAUCAGCUGUAGUCUGCUGUGUGUCACCUUCCAGGGUUCAAAGGUUCAGUACGCUCAAAAUGGGCUGAGAAGAAGAAAAAAGAGGGUUCUGGUACAGUUCUGGAUCAGGUCCCGUUAUCUGCUUCAGAGCAUUCUGGGUAUUUUGUGUCUUUGACUCUUAAAAACAGGGGCAGUGGAGGGCAUGUCAUCGAUUGUAUAAAACCAAAGUGAUGAAUGCACUAAAAUGAGAGAGAUGAUUUCCAUGAUCAUCGAUGUUUUUAGAUCAGGACUUGAACCCUGAUUUUAAUCCCCCUCUGUGUCUUUGCAGGCCUCCAGCAGUGCUGGAAACCUGGGUGUGCUGAUUCCCGUCAUCGCUGUGGUAAAUCUUUUAUUAUUAUUUUCUGUCUUUAUUUUGAUCACAUUGGUUUCAUUCUUUAGUUAAAUGACGUCUUGCUGUGCAAAGGUAAAUCCAGUCCACUCCUCCGGUGAUUCAAAUACUUAAUGACGAUUCCCUCAUGUGAAGGUUUCAGAGCUCUCUAACGACUCCGGGGUCGACUCUCUCUUCUGCUUCUGCUUUUAGUUAACCAAAAGGUUACCACCAAUUAAGGAGGCAAAGCCACGUCUGCAGAAACUCUUCAGGGACUUCUGGCUCUACUCAGUCGUCAUGGGGUUUGCAGUGGAGGGUUCAGGUACACUGUGUUCUCUUCAACCUUGUAUUUUUGUCCUUUUUUGUGUCUGACAAAUCCAGCUGGUUAAGGCAGCAGUCGACUCAUAACUUCAGAGUUCUGUCUGUCAGCUUUGGAAAGACUGAAACAACUAGUGAAAAAAAAAGGAAAACAUGAUGAAUUUUAGUCCAAAUCUUCAGGUUUGUGGCCGGAGGAAUGGUACGAGGGAGUGUGUGAGAUCGCAACCAAAUCACCACUGCUCACGUUUCCCAGCGGGGAACCUUUACGCUCAGAGCUGCAGUACAACUCUGCUCUGAAGAACGACACCGUCACCCCGGUACAGGAUCCACAUAUCACAUCAUGUAUAUCCACACACAUGUUCAUGUAAAGCUCUGUUGGAUUCAUGUUUUAUUUUUUUUCACUUCAGGCUGAACUAAAUGAUCUACGAUCCACAAUCAUCAACCUGUUGGACCCUCCUCCUGAGGUCGCCGCUCUCAUCAACAAACUGGACUUCGCCAUGUCAACGUAUCUGCUGUCUGUGUACAGGCUGGAGUACAUGAGGUACGCUCUCAUCUUUACACGGCAUUAAUAGACUUAUACGUGACUCUAUUUGUUCAUAUUUGAACUCUGUGGUGUUUUGGGUCAGGAUGCUGCGGUCUCUGGACUCGGACCGCUUCCAGGUCAUGUUUCGAUACUUUGAGGACAGAGCCAUCCAAAAAGAUAAAUCUGGUGAGUUUAAGAAAAGGAGAUAAAACCCUAAAAAAACAUUUGACUCUAACAUUUCUAUGACCUGUGUUGACAUUUGUGGUUCCUCUCCAGGUAUGAUGCAGUGUGUGAUCGCCGUUAGCGACAAGGUGUUUGAAGUCUUCCUGCAAAUGAUGGCUGAAAAAGUAAGAACGGAUAUCCUUGAAACUCUCCCUGACACUCAAUGACAUUCCAGGAGAAAUUAUUCAGUUUAUUAAAGUCUUAUUUUUCAGCUUCUCAUACAGAACAACCCGCUAAGUUUUCACUGUUGUUAGAAACAAAACGGAAUUAUUUUCAGACCCUGUCCUUGUGAAACAUUUGUUUUUCACUUCCAGCCAAAAACCAAAGCCCACGAGGAGGAGCUGGAACGCCACGCUCAGUUCCUUUUGGUCAACUUUAAUCACAUCCACAAGAGGAUCCGCAGAGUGGCUGAUAAAUAUUUAUCCGGCCUCGCUGAAACGUGAGAGUGCAUCACUCUGAAAUAUGUGCUGUUAAAAAACGCGUCUAUGCGCCCGUCUGUUUCACACGUACGUCCUCUCUCUCUCUCCUCAGAUUCCCUCACUUGUUGUGGAGCGGCCGCGUGUUGAGGACCAUGUUGGACAUCCUGCAGACUCUCUCCCUCUCCCUCAGUGCAGUCAGUGAUCAGUCUUUCCCUCUCUGCAGCAUCUUCCUCUCUCAGAUUAUUUAAUAUUUCUAAUUUGAUGUUUCUAAUGUUGUUUUAGGACAUUCACAAAGACCAACCUUAUUAUGACAUCCCAGAUACACCGUACAGAAUCACUGUCCCUGAUACUUAUGAGGCCAGAGAGGUAAACAUCACCUGAUCAAUCACUCUUCAUCUGUGAUUGUUUAAGUGUGAAAUCUUUCUGCACCUUAGCGUUACCAGAUUAGAUUAUAUCCUCUAAAGUCUGCGUAUGUUAAAAAGAACCAGACUAUAAUCUGAGUCUCAUUCUUCUCGUAGAGCAUUGUGAAGGACUUUGCUGCACGCUGUGGAGAGAUCCUCAAAGAGGCGAUGAAGUGGGCGCCAUCUGUGACCAAAUCCCACCUCCAGGUAACACCUUUUUUCUCUGGAGGUCCAUCACAGAGAUAAAAAAUCUAUCAUGUUGUUUUAAGACCCGUUUUAAUCUCACGUCUUUAUGUUGUCUUCUUCAGGAGUAUCUGAACAAACACCAGAACUGGGUCUCGGGUCUCUCCCAGCACACCGGUCUGGCCAUGGCCACAGAGAGCAUCCUGCACUUUGCUGGUUAUAACAAGCAGAACACCACACUGGGGGUAGGACACAAACUGGAUUUAUUUAGACUCGUUUCCAUGGCAACAGUAGUUAUUCUUUCCCAAAACAAAAGUGGCACCAGAAUGGAGCCCUGAGGGAUGCCAAAUAAAAAUCAGGUUUUACUUCAACGUAGAGAAUCAAAAUUCACACAUCUCUUUUACCUUCUUCUUCUUCACCCUGUAGUCGACUCAGCUGACUGAGAGGCCAGCCUGUGUAAAGAAGGACUACUCCAACUUCAUGGCCUCGCUCAACCUCAGGAACAGAUACGCUGGAGAGGUAAAACCACCAGAUCCUCAUCCUGGGAUUUUUGCAGGACAGUUUUUAAACACAGAUCCUGAUUUUUAAGAAAAGCUGAGCUGGAUUUGUCCACACUGUCACAGAGACAUGAAUCCAGAUCCUCUCCCACACUCCUUCUUUUUCUGCUCCUGCAGGUGUCGGGGAUGAUCAACUUCGCCCAGGCGGUCAGAGGACAGUCUGAUCUGGGUCGGCUGAUGAUCAAACAGAUGGGAGAAGCUCUGGACUCAGCUCAGCCGGAGGCUUUCACUGAGGCCAUGUUCAAACUGGCGGCUCUGCUCAUCAACACCAAAGGUUUCUCUCUUUGUCUUUGCUGCUCUCACAGGUUCUUCAGUCUGAUGCAGACCUCUGAACAUUUUUGAUCUUUGUUGUCCUUUAGACUGUGAUCCCCAGCUGCUGCACCACCUCUGCUGGUCUCCUCUGAAGAUGUUCACAGCUCACGGCAUGGAAACCGCCAUAGCUUGCUGGGAGUGGCUGCUGGCGGCUCGAGUUGGUGUGGAAGUGCCGGUACAUUAACUUCUUAUGUCUUUGUUUUGGUGGAUUUGUGUGGUUAGCCCUCUAAAAGUCUCCCGUCUGGUCGCCUAGUUCAUGCGUGAGAUGGCAGGGGCGUGGCAGAUGACAGUGGAGCUGAAGAUGGGCUUGUUCUCAGAUGCUCAGGUGGAGGCCGACCCUCUCGCUGCAUCAGAGGAGAGUCAGCCCAUCCCGUGUCCUCCAGACGUCACUCCUCACCAAAUAUGGAUCGAGGUCAGACUAAAGACGGUCCGCUCUUCGUCUGAAUUUCCUCACUUUUGUGUAAAUCCUCCAACAGCCCGACUCUGUUUCUGUUUCUCUGUUCAGUUUCUGGUCCAGAGGUUCGAGAUCGCCAAGUAUUCCAGCGCCGACCAGGUGGAGAUUUUCGGCAGCUUGCUUCAGCGCUCACUGUCUCUGAACGUGGGCGGAGCUAAGAGUAGCCUCAACCGCCAUGUGGCUGCAAUCGGACCUCGAUUCAGGUACAUACAAACACACAAAACACACUGAAACACAAACACACAAGCACACAAAUUACCAAAUACACCAAGACACAAAAAAGACACAAACACACACAGAGACACAAACACACAGAGACACAAAUACACUAACACACAAAGACGCAGACACAAAGAGACAAAAACACACAAACACACAAACACAGGAAGACGUAGACACACUAACACACAGACACACAGAGACAAAAACACACACAAAAACACAAACACAUGGACACACAAACAUACAGACACACAGACACACAAACAGAGAUACAGAGACACAGACACACAAACACACAAACCCACAAACACAUAAACACUCAAACAGAAAAACAAACAAACACACAAAGACGCAGACACACUAACACAAAACCACACAAACACACAGACACACAAAGACAAAAAGAUGCAGAGACACAAAGACACAAACACAGGAAGACACAAAAAUGCAGAGACACAAAGACACAAACACAUAAACACAAAAAGAUCAAAGAAAAGGUCACAGACACUUCCUGUUUGAGAUAUUUUAGUUUUUCUUCUCCUGAGAGUCUCAACAAGCUGUGGAGAAGUUUGAUCUGUUCAUGGUGUUUUAAUUUGUGUGUGUGUGUGUGUGUGUGUGUGUGUGUGUGUGUGUGUGUGUGUGUGUGUUUCAGGCUCCUGACCCUGGGUCUGGCCCUGCUCCACUCAGAUGUCCUCACCAACGCGACUGUGAGAAACGUGCUGAGAGAGAAGAUCUACUCCACAGCCUUUGAUUACUUCAGGUAUCUGCUCAUAAACACACACACACACACACACACACACACACACACACACACACACACACACACACACACACACACUCUGAGGGUUCAGCUCUCGCUCUGGUUUCAGCUCUUUAAAAAUGACAUCAUAAAAACAGUCUCUCUUGUCGCUGAUGGUCUCUGUCUCUGUCGUCUGUGUCUCCAGCGUGAAUCCAAAGUUCCCAACCCAGUGUGACAAGAACCUCCGCGAGGACAUUAGCAUCAUCAUCCGUUUCUACGCCAGCAUCCUGUCCGACAAGAAGUACCUGGCAGCGUGUCACUUGGUCCCACCCGGUGAGCUUGGUACAACCCCGGCCCCGAGCACGCUCUCUGCCGGGAUAUUCGGAUCCCUUAUCGUGUCCAGCACUUCUCCGAUAUCGAUCUUAAGUAAGCCUAAAGCGGUGGAGCUCGGACUGCACCGCAGCAGGAGCAUGCUUUUUCACGCCUGGCAAAUUUGACACUGCGUCCUCCUCACAGAGCUGCAGAUAGAUCCUGGAAUCUAUCUAUCUAUCUAUCUAUCUAUCUCAUCUCUAUUCCUUUAUCUAUAUACAAGUAUGAACUUAUAUUUGUAUCUAUAUAUAGAUAAACAGACUUCAUUUCCUCUUUAUUCUGUUCUUACUCCCUCUCAGUUCCUCCCUCCUUAAUUUAUAAUCCUGGGUUUUUUGUUUUUGCAUAAUCAGCUGAUAAAAAAAGCUUCUGUGAUUUCUCUAGCAGAUUCCUGCAGAGCGUAGUUUCUCUUUUAGCUCCAGAUUAUUUUUUUGAAACCAGAAACAGACAAAUCACAGGAGCCUUUGGUCCAUCUCUGCCCCAGUCUUUAUUUUAGGGUUAGUUUUUGUGUUAUUGUGUUUUUUUAAGAUCUAAAACAAACACUGGAGUCACACAAAAACACAAAAAACAACCAGUUCAUCAGGGCAGAGAAUACACCAGCAUCUCCUGUAAAACAAGCAGUUUUGUCAAUGAGGUUUGGUUGAGUAAAAGUCAGAAAUGUAACAGCUGUUUGUGGUUUCAAGAAGGCACUCGGUCCAAAAGAGAAAGUCCUGUCCUCAUUGGUAUUUUGAGGGCCUCAGUUCCCGACAUCUUCUCGGGGUUUUUAAUAAAUUUGUUCAUGAAAAUAGUUUUUGAUCAUAAUUUCAUAUUUUACCAGCAAGACCAAACAUCGCACAAUUGAAAUAAAACUUUAAAAAAUGUCUUUCAAUGAUGUAAAGGUGCUUGAUGAAGAGAAACUAUGAUUUUUGUACAAGCAAUCUAGGACUCAAGUGUGAGUGAGAAAACUUGUGAGUGUUGUUGGGAUUCAGGACAGCUUCAGUGAAAGUCACAGUCUGGAUCAGAGAGGACAGACUUCCUCAUAGAUGUGAUCUACUGGAGCGAUCUCAGAGCUUCUGUCCCAGAUUCUGCUAAAGUUGGACCCGGGUUUAAACUGUGUCUCCUUCCUUCCUUCCUUCAUUUCUCUCUUCAUAUCUUUAAGAAUCUGUUUGUGAUCCUCGUUCAGCAGCUCUGAGGAAAAGUGCAAAUUUGUCAGCUGCGUCGAGAUGCAUGACUUUUCAUCAUCAGCCCACCAGUCUGCCCCUCUCCUCGCUCAACACGGCAUCAGAAGAAGAAACAAUAACAAAAAAAAAAAACAGUGAAAACAGUUUUUUUCUUCCGACCCAGAAAGUCCCCUUUUCCUCUUCCUUCUCCUCUUCAUCCCCCGACGACCCCGAGAAUUAAAACAUGGUGUCAUCCUCAUACACAUCGAAGCGCUUCAGGUAGAAGAGCCCUCACACUGCUGGUUCUGGAUCAGAUCGGUUGAACAGACAGAGUCCUGGAUCAGCAGCUCGAGGCAGCCUCUACCUGCAUUGAAAUCCUGCUGGAUUUUCUCGCUUUCAGAUGCAUGAUCAUCCGAACAGCAGAGGACUAACCGACACCGCUCAUGUCGCUCUCCAAACUCCUCCAUCAUUGACCAUUUAUCAAUGUUUUCCACUGAGUCCUAAUCCGUCUUUUAUCUGUGUCAGUCACUUGUAAACCUAGGAUUAUGUUGAACUGAGGGAUCAGAGUGUGUUGUGAGAUACUGAAACUAUUUCUGUGUGGGCAGAUAAUCAGGACCCAUCCCUGAACAGUCUGUCCGUGAUGAACGCCGCCGACCUCAGGAGCAGCAUCGACUCCAGCUCUCGCUCCCAGCAGAGCGGACAGGGAUGGAUCAACACCUACCCGCUGUCCAGCGGCAUGUCCACCACCUCCAAGAAAUCUGGUAACGCUUACGCUGCCUUUUUAGAACGAUGCAUCCUUGACUGAGUUCACCUUAUUGGAGAUAGAGCACUUUGACCUGAAACAAGACCAGAUCCAGGACUGGAAGAGUCUCCAAAAAGACACAAUAAUUUCACUUUUUCACUUUUUUUUUAGGACAAUCCAAGAAGAGUAACAGAGGGACCCAGCUCCACAAAUACUACAUGAAGAGAAGGACUCUGCUGCUGGCUCUCCUGGUGAGGACUCACUCUGAACCGGGGUUCUCUGGUCUAAACACAAAGGUUUAAUCAUACUCUGUCUCUUGUUCUGUUUCCGUCCAGGCCAGUGAGAUUGAACGCUUGACCACGUGGUACAACCCGCUGUCCACUCAGGAACUGGCCAUCUCCACAGAGCAGUCGGUGGAGACCAGUAUCGCCAACUGGAGGUCCAAAUACAUCAGUCUGACUGAGAAACAGUGGAAGGACAAUGUCAACCUGGCCUGGGGGAUCGCACCUUACCUGGCCAUGCAGCUACCUGCAAGGUGAGGCUCUCUGAAGAUAGACUGAGAAUGCUCUCUAGUUCAUUGAAAGGAGACACCAGAUUUUAGAGGUGAACUCCUCACAGGCUCUGCUCCUACUGUCCUACACGAUCAGAUCUAAUCAGGUUACCAUGGAGAUACAGGAUUAGGGACUUGGUUGCAGGAACAAGGAUCUAAAGUACUAAAAGCCAGACUUAAAGUCAGAAGUUUUAAAUAAGUUAAAAUCAAAAAUUUAAAUUUAAAUGAGUUUAAGUUUGAAUAAGUUCGAGUUUAAAUAAGUUCAAGUUCGAAUAAGUUUGAGCUUAAAUCAGUUUAAGUUUAUAUUAGUUCGACUUCAUAUUAGUUAAAGUUUAAAUUAGUUUAAAUUAAAAUUAGCUCAAGUAUGAAUUAGUGCGAGUUUAAAUCAGUUUAAGCUUAAAUUAGUUCAAGUUAAAGUUGGUUUAAGUUUAUAUAAGUUUAAGUUUGAAGUAGUUCGAGUUUGAAUUAGUUUUAGUUUAAGUUUAAAUGAGUCCAUGUUUAAAUUAGUUUAAAAUUAAAUUUGUUUAAUUUUCAAUGUUUCAGUUAAAAUAAGUUCAAGUUAAAAUUAGUUCAAGCUGAAUAAAUUCAAGCUUAACUCAUCCUAGUUUAAAUUAGUUUGACUUCAUUAUAGUUCAAUAUUAAAUUAGCUCAAGUAUGAAUUAGUUCGAGUUUAAAUUAGUUUAAGUUCAAAUUAGUCAAAGUUCAAGUUAGUUUAAAUUUUAAUUUUAAUUUAGUUCAAGUUUAAAUUAGUUUAAGUUUAGAUUAAAGUUUAAAUUAGCCCAAGUAUGAAUUAGUGCGAGUUUAGAUCAGUUUAGGUUUAGAUUAGUAUAAGUCUAAGUUAGUUCAAAUUUUAAUUGGUUUAAGUUUAAGUUAGUUUAGGUUUAAACCCAUCAUUAGCUGAGCAGCUCUGAUUUCUUAAACACCUGGGUUAAUAAGGGCCCAAACUAAAAGUAGGAGUGAUGAUGUGUCCCGAUCUUUUGGUUCUUGAUAUUCAGGUUUAAGAAUGACGCCAUCGUUGCCGAGGUGACCCGUCUGGUGAGGCUGGACCCUGGAGCUGUCAGUGAUGUACCUGAGGCCGUCAAGGUGAGAUCAGCUGAUCUGGUGAUUGUUGAAAAUCCUUCUCUGUAUCUAAAUCCUGGUUUUUAAUGACCUCGUCGAUUGUUGGACCCUCUCAGUUCUUGGUGACCUGGCACACGAUUGACGCGGACUCUCCUGAGCUGAGUCACAUCCUGUGCUGGGCUCCUGCAGACCCUCCCACCGGUCUAUCCUACUUCAGCAGCAUGUACCCUCCUCAUCCUCUCACUGCUCAGUACGGGGUCAAAGUGCUGCGUUCCUUCCCUCCUGUGAGUCAGACCGAUGUUUGCAUCUUAGCGUCCACACUUCAAGUCAAACAGAGCCUUCAUGACCUCAACCUUUUUUUCCGUUUUUAGGACGCCAUCUUGUUCUACAUUCCUCAGAUCGUUCAGGCUCUCCGUUACGAUAAGGUACUGUGAGCUCUUACUAAUAAUUAUACGUUUGAUGGCUGUUUGAUCGCUCUUUUACGAAGUGGUGGUGAACCGUUCUCCCCUCUCUGGCUCAGAUGGGUUAUGUGAGAGAGUACAUCCUGUGGGCGGCCCAGAAGUCUCAGCUCCUCGCCCACCAGUUCAUCUGGAACAUGAAGACCAACAUCUUCAUGGAUGAGGAGGGACACACCAAAGAUCGUGAGGCCUUUUUUGAACCUCUUAAUAAAGUUAAAUAUAAUGUGAACUUUAACUUCAGAGUGUUUUAGUGUUGUAUGACAGCAUGUGUCUCUGUUUGAAGAGCACCAGCCUGCACGUGUUUUUACAGGAAGAUCUAUUUCUGUGGUUUUCUUUCAAAGAAGCAGCAAGACUGGGAGCCCAAACCUUUUUCAGGAGAGAUUCACCUUCGGUUGUAUGGAAGGCAAAAAGAGACAUAUGAAAUAUAUAAAUACAUCUUUAAAUCAAUACUUAAAUAUGUCAUUAAUUAAAAUAGGAAUUAGAUAAAUAAAUGAACUGCAUCAAUCCAAUAUCUGAAGUUGAUCUGUCUUGACUUGAUGAGCCGGAUAACCAAUAAGGUGUUAGGAUCCACUCACUGACUUUGAUGGGUGAAUUUAACAGAUAAAAUAAAUUCAUGAAGCACUGCAACACAGGUUCAUGAAUUAAUUAAUUAAAUAGUGAAAUAAUUAGUUAUGUUUUUACAUUGAAUGUCUGGUAUUUUAAUAAAUGAAUGACACGUUUAAGUAUUUAUUUAAAGAUGUAUUAGUAUAUUUCAUUCUGUCUCUUUUUGUCCUCCACACAGCUGCAGCUUUCGUCCCAUUUUUUUUUGUCUGUUUCUGUCGUGCAGUUUCAAUUAUUGUUUAUUUUUCAGCACCAAUCAAUAAAUCAUUCAUUGAUUGGGAAAUUUUUUUAAGUAGAAACUGUCCUGGAAACCAUCAACAGAGAUCAGCAGCUCAAAUAAGACGCCUCGUACUGUAUUGUAUUUAAGAUUCCUGCAUUUAAAGCGAAGUCCUCAGCUUUAGAUGUUAUUCUCUUGGGCAGAAUAAAGCCGAUGAUGAGUUUUAUUACAGACUUUGAUUAUAAAUAACUGCUUUCAAUUGUUUUGUUAUCUUGCAAAAACAGCAACCCUAAACAUGAGCGCAGAGGAUGUUAUAUGAGGCGACAUUUGAUUUUGUUUUGGUUGUUUUGGUGGUGAGGUCCAUGGCUCACAGACUCACACCACAAACAGUUUAAGUAUCCAAAUAUGUGUGUAUGAACAACAGAGUAGAUUAUUGCACCAAUCUUAAAGUCCCACUCGGAUUGUUUUUUUGUUUCUUUUUUACUACUUAAUGUGUCCUCAGUGUCCUUUAAAUUGGGAUUGUUGUUUUGUUUUGCCAAAAUCAUGUUACCUGUGUCAUUUUCAAGGACUUUUCUUCUGCAAACUCCAGUAGCCCAUUAGCAAUUCACCUCUGUGGGCGGAGACAGCGCUGCUCAGCACAUUCACGCUAUCUUGUAGCCUAACAUUGCCGGUGUAGUAGAAGAAGCAGGUAACAUAGGAGAUAUUCAGCUCUCGGACACUAAUGUCUUUGGGGACAUGAUGAAAGUUAAUAUCAUAAUUAGCUUUCUUACGAGCUUGCAAUCCGCUAACGCACACACUUGUUCUGCAAUCGCCCUCCCUAUUUCCCUUUGUCUGGCCUGCAUAGUGGGGCUCCAGGGGGCGGAGCUUGGAUUCGUGACAUAGGAAAUCUCACUGUGUCCGAACCUGCUGUUUGAGUCUGUAAGAGAUUCACAGCGAUUUGAAUGCAGAAAUACUCAGAAAUGUCCUGUAGCAUCAGAAAAAUAAACAUAUGGACAUUUAGACAACAAGAAAAACAUGAUUUUCAUCGGAGUGGGUCUUUAAGCUUGAAACAGACUGUAGGUCUGCAAAAAUGAUCUACAACAAACUUCUAACCUGCAGUUUUAACUUCCAAAAUAAACUUCUUACAACAACUCGGAAAAAGCAAUAUACUUUCAGGAUAUAAUAUUGAAUAAACGAUCAAAACAAAAAACACUUUAAUAGUUUAGAGUCCAAACUAACCCUCCCUCUCUAAGUUUGAACUCCUGAGUCAUUUUUAUAAUUGGUUAAUAAGUAUAAAUGAAAUGACCUCAAUGAAAUCUUGUUUCCCUCUGGUCUGUUUCUCUGAGGUCAGAGUCACACCUCCUCCUCCUCCUCCUCCUCCUCCUCCUCUUCUUCAUGUGUAAUAAUGCUCUCUGUGCCAAAUGGGACCAAUAAGGUUCAGUUAAACUUGAUGAAUUGAUGUAAUAACAUUUAUCUGCGCCUCGUUAACCUCAUUAACUUGCUCUGUCUGUUCAGCCGACAUCGGGGAGCUGCUGGAGCAGAUGGUGGAGGAGAUCACAGGCUCGCUGUCGGGUCCAGCUAAAGAUUUCUACCAGAGGGAGUUUGAUUUCUUCAACAAGAUCACCAACGUGUCCGCCAUCAUCAAGUAAAUGAGCGACCCUGAAGAGCGGAUCCAAACCAGAGAUGAAAAAAGAGGAAACUGAACUGAUGAGAGUUUGUGAUUUAUUUUGUGGUUUCUUUUCUGCAGGCCAGUCCCAAAAGGAGAGGAGAGGAAACGAGCGUGUCUGAAAGCGCUGUCGGAUAUCAAAGUGCAGUCAGGUAAUGAUGUGAUUGAGGUUUUGAGAAAAGCGAGUGUUCAAAGGGAAGUUUUCUGCGGAAGAGACUCAGAACCAUAAAAGUUUACCAAGGAGUAUUAGGGCCACAUUAAGAAAAAAAAAUUAAGACUCUUAGGAAAGGAUUUUAGUACAACUUUAUUCUCCUAAGAAAUUACUUUAUAACGACUUUAUCUUGAAAGUAAUUACUUUAUAAGAAAUUAAUUCUCGUAAAUAAUGGUUUUAUUACGACUUUAUUCUCAUGAAUAAUUACUUUAUUACGACUUUAUUCACAUAAGUACUUACUUUAUGAAGACUUUAUUCUCGUAAAUAAUUACUUUAUUACGACUUUAUUCUUGUAAGUAAUUACUUUAUUACGACUUUAUUCUCAUAAAUAAUUACUUUAUUACUAUUUUAUUCUCAGAAAUAAUUAUUUUAUUAUGACAUUAUUCUCAAAAGUAAUCACUUAAUAAGGAAUUAAUUCUCGUAAAUAAUGGUUUUAAUACGACUUUAUUCUUGUAAGUAAGGAUUUUAUUUGACUUUAUUCUCAUGAGUAAGGAUUUUAUUAUGGCUUUUUUGCCAUAAGUAAUUACUUUAUUACAACCUUAUCCUUGUGUGUUAGGAUUUUAUUUGACUUUAUUCUUGUAAGUAAUGAUUUUAUUACGACUUUCUUCUUGUAAGUUAGGUUUUUAUUUUGACUUUAUUCUCGGUAGUAAUGACUUUAACCUCCAAGUCUUGUGUUUUUUUUUCUUAAUGUGGCCCUAAUAUUGCGUCGUAAAAGUUAGAUGUAGUGAUUGUUUUAAAAAGUUACAGAACAGCAGAAACGUGGUCUUCGUUCUUCAUGGUGUGUGUUUAUUUUUUAGGUUGUUACCUACCCAGUAACCCUGAAGCCAUCGUUCUGGACAUUGACUACAAGUCAGGAACCCCGAUGCAGAGGUACAGACAGACUUCUUCGUGUCGAGGUUUCCCGGCUGUGACCUCUGACCUCCUCUAACAGACGUGUGUUUCUGUCCUCUCAGCGCGGCCAAGGCGCCCUAUCUUGCCAAGUUUAAAGUCAAGCGCUGCGGGGUGAGCGAGCUGGAGAGGGAGGGUCUCCGCGCCCCCUCCGACUCUCUGGAGGACGGAGAGGAGAAUCCGGAUGGGUCGCGCAAGGUGUGCUGGCAGGCGGCCAUCUUUAAAGUGGGAGACGACUGCAGACAGGUACCAGGACCUCAGCUGCCCUCUACUGAGCUCAUUUAGGGAAACGUUUAAGGUGACGACCUCUGACCCUCUCCUCUCUCUCUCUCUCCAGGACAUGCUGGCUCUGCAGAUCAUCGGCCUCUUCAAGAACAUCUUCCAGCUGGUCGGCCUCGAUCUGUUCGUCUUCCCCUACAGGGUGGUGGCCACAGCACCAGGGGUGAGAGUCCAUGUUCCAGAAACCCCUAGAGUUCUCCUCUUCAUUAAAAACCUCUCUCUGGGAUUUUAUUUUUGGUUGUUUUAGUUUUUUAUUUCUAAAACUCAUGAUCACAUUUGACUCAAUACGCUGUUGGUAAAAGUAUCUAGAAUUAUGAAGUCUGAUAUUCACUAACAAGAUCCUUAAUGUAGACUUCAGCUCCUAGACCAGAUCUUAACUCCCUGAUCCUGAUCCCUUCAGUGUGGCGUGAUCGAGUGUAUCCCAGACUGUAAGUCCAGAGACCAGCUCGGCCGACAGACAGACUUUGGGAUGUACGAUUAUUUCCGUAACCAGUACGGAGACGAAUCCACCCUGGCCUUCCAGAAGGUGAGGUUUUGACCUUUGACCUCUCACUUCAAUUACUUUUUAGAUUAUUUCUUAAACUUGAAAAGAUAAUUACUAGGAGGGAAAAGGUAAACUGAGAAGGAAACAAUGACUCAGGGGUGAAAACACAACUGAUGUCACGUGUUUGUGAUCAAACUUUCUCCUCUCUCCUCUCUUCCCCUCUCUCCUUCUCUCCUCUCCUCUCAUCCCCUCUCGUCUCCUCUCCUCUUUUCUCCUCUCCUCCUCUCCUCUCCUCUCCUCCCUUUUCCUCUCCUUCUCUCCUAUCCUCCCUUUUCUCUCCUUCUCUCCUCCCCUCUCCUCCCCCUCCUCUCCUCUUUUUCUCCUCCCCUCCUCUUCUCUCCUCUCCUCUCCUCUCCUCCCUUUUCCUCUCCUUCUCUCCUCUCUUCCCUUUUCCUCUCCUCUGCUCUCCUCUUCGCUCCUCUUGACUCUUCUCCUCUCCUCCCUUUUCCUCUCCUUCUCUCCUCUCCUCCCUUUUCCUCUCCUCUCCUCUCCUCUUCGCUCCUCUUGACUCUUCUCCUCUCCUUCUUCCUCUCCUCCCCUCUCCUCUCCUCUCCUCAGGCUCGGUAUAACUUCAUUCGCAGCAUGGCGGCCUAUAGCCUCCUCCUCUUCCUGCUGCAGAUCAAAGAUCGUCACAACGGGAACAUCAUGUUGGACAGUAAAGGACACCUGAUCCACAUCGGUCAGUGACAGACGUUUGGUUUCUCUGAGUCUGCGUUAGAUGGUUCAAAAAUGUCCGGUAACUCAUGAGUGUCUGUGUUCACGUCUGCAGACUUUGGCUUUAUGUUUGAGAGCUCUCCGGGAGGAAACUUGGGCUGGGAGCCGGACAUCAAGCUGACAGACGAGAUGGUGAUGAUCAUGGGCGGGAAGAUGGAGGCCACGCCUUUCAAGUGGUUCAUGGAGAUGUGCGUCAGAGGAUACCUGGCUGUACGGUAAGAAAGGACGAUUAAGGAGCUGUGCAGGUUACAUCUGUCACCAAAUAACCGUCCUGGACAUGACUUCAGAAUAAAAAAAAUAAAAUAAAAGUGUGAUUUAAAACGAGGAGGUCUGUCCCUCUGUUGUGGAUCUCUCUUGUUCAGACCCUACAUGGACGCUGUGGUGUCUCUGGUGACCCUCAUGCUGGACACCGGAUUACCGUGCUUCAGAGGACAAACCAUCAAACUCCUCAAGUGAGUCUGAAAACAGAGUUUGUGUCUGGAAGGUCUUUACUGCUCUCUGAUAACGCACUCUGACGAAAACUCUGAUCCUGCUGGUCUUAGUUUUAGAGUCCACUUUUGUAAUAAGAGUUUUUGUUGUUUUUUUUUUCUCUCAGAGGACGGUUUAAUCCUCAGAUGAGUGAGAAAGAAGCAGCAGCGUUCAUCAUUAAAGUCAUCCAGAGCUGCUUCCUCAGCAGCAGGUAAGAGGAAUCUCUGCGCUCUCUCAGGACAUGUGUGUUUUUUAUAUUAUGGGCUUUAUUACUCUGAUACAGUUUUGGUCUUUCAAGGCUGAAAAGGUUUGCCUCUAACACGUCGGAAUCAUAUAUGACGUCUAACUUCUGCUUACAUUAAGGUGGCAAACAACUGCAACUUAAAUAUCCAACUAACGUUAGCCUGUGUUCUUUUUCAUAGACAAACAAACAAAGAUUAAUAUUUAUAUCUGAUUGAAAAUAGCCCUGUGAGAAAUUCAUAGUAAAGUUCAUAAAAAGUUUUUUUAAUCCUGCCUUUUAAAAGAAUCAGAAUAGAGAAUCGGAAUCAGAAUAAGGAAUCGUUCAAAUCCAAACGAUGCCCUACUCUAGUAAACAGGCUUCAUAUCUUUACAUCAGAGACAAACAGGCUAUGCUGCGUUCGAGUUACCUCGGAAUUCAGACGUCGGAGCUGAAAAUGACGUCACACCCAAGUUCCCAGCGUGUCAGUUACCAAGUUGGAAAAACGCAAAAUCGGAGGCCUGAAACAAGGACAAGGCCUUAUAUUCAUAUAAGACAAGCGCGAAAACAACUUUUGUAGAUGUAGCCGUCUUGUUUCAGGCCUCCGAUUUCGCUUUUUUCUGACUUUGUAACUGAAAUGUUGUUAACUCGGGUGUGACAUCAUUCUUAGCUCUGACAUCUGACUUCCAAGGUAACUCGAACGCAGCAUAAAACUGGUGUGUUCUACUUACCUCAGAAGUCGGAAGUCAUAACUGGGAAUGAUGUCACACCCGAGUUAUCUGCGUUUCAGUUACAAAGUCAGAAAAAAGUAGCCAACGGCCAAAAACUUUGUCUGAAACAACCUGGCUAAGGUUAGCUGGUGUUAGCACAGCCUGCUUUGUAGUUCGUAUAUACACAUAAAAAUGUGUAUAGAUAAACCUAAGAACACUAUUGUGUACGGCUGACAUCUAGUGACAAGAAAUAGUAAAAAGUGUUAAUAAAAGGUUCAUUACAGGAGCUUCUACUUACUGUUUACAACCAGCGCCCCCCUCUUUAAAUAUCAACCCCCCACAUAAGUAUGGACUCUUUGCAUGACUAUGUUUUGCUAACUGUGAUACACAACUGGAUUGUCAAUAUUUCAUAUGCACUAGCACUAUUGCACUUCGGGAUAUUAUUUAUUUUUCUCUUUACAAUGAUUGUUAUUGUGUACUUGAUGCCAGUGGUGAUGGGGAUGCUCCAUACAAAUUUCGUUGUUAACUUUGUUCAACAAUGACAAUAAAUAACUCAAACUUAAACUUGAACUUGAUCGUCCAACUUUCCGAGUCAGAAAUCUGACCUCGGGGGUCGUUCCAGUUGAAAGUUUCGACUCGAAGCUCAGAAAUCCCAACUUCCAAGUACAACUGGAAUGCACCACAAGGCCCAGACUUUAAUUUCAUUUCAUUUUCAUACUUUAUUUCAUUCUGUUAAUAUUUAAAACAUUCAAUACAAACAAGGAAAAAUCUCAAACAUGUGAAUAAAGGAGCAGAAAGAAGAAAAGUCUUAUACAGUCUGCCUCUUCAGCACUUAUAAAGUACAAAAACUAGCUUUAUUGUGAACGGGUGGAUCUCACUGACACAUGUAUUGAUUUCCUUUCUACAGGAGUAAAACCUACGACAUGCUGCAGUACUACCAGAACCAAAUCCCGUACUAAAGUCCUCCUCUGGAGCUCCGCUAACUCAAAGCAACUCUGAACGUUCCUGCGGAUGAUUUCUACGACGGGAUGAAUUCACUAACAACAAACAGGACUCAGCAUUUUGAUCGGAGAGCUCUGACUUAAUCGGAGAGCUCACUGUAAGUUGUGAUUUUAUAAGAGAUGUUUUAACUUGAGAGGGAAGAUCAACGUUGGAGGUUCUUGAAGCACCCUUUAAGUAUUUUGGUCUGAAUGCUGUUUCUCUGAUGAGUUGAGGACUGUGGUGUGUCGUCAGCUGAGCAGCUGUACUCGUCAUUGUGUUACGACGCUGUUAUCCACUUUGAUGCACUUUAGAGAUCCCUGUGUUUCACAUCUUUACCUGAGAUUAAAGGUGACGUUCAGAGAUUCAAACAAGCUGUAGUUUAAAGAUUCAAUCAGUGUUUUGAUUCUAGAUCAAAAUCAAUCAGCUGUAGUCUUAAGGAAUGUAAAGCUGCUCAGAUAUAUAUAAUUCAGACAUAAUCAUGCUGUAGUAUUUCUGUCAAAUAUUCACUGUAGACUCAAAUCAAGACCACAGAGGGUUUUUGUCUGUGCUUUACGUGAAACUUGGAGAGCUGAACCUGAAGAACAAAUUCAUCUGAAACACUCAAUCCUUUAUUUUCUGACACAGGGAGCUCAGCAGCUUCACAUACUAAAGGUAUGGAGGAGUUUAAAGAUGUGAUGUUCAGGUCCUGCUUUUUCCUUCCACUGUUUUAAACUUUGAUAUUUUUGAGAUUCUCAUACCGACUCCUGCUGCGGUCAUCAGAGGGAGGUAGAGGAGAGAGUUUGGAGUUUUUUUCAAACCCCAGUUGGUCCAAUUCUUCAUCCGUCUCCUCGUUGAUUUUGAGAAAGUCAAAUCUCAAAGUUUCACAAAAAAACGACCAAAACUGCUUUUAGAUUUUAGUUUUAAAUGAUUCCUUAAGAAAUGGAUUAGGAGUCUUGCAGUUGCAGAGUUCGGGGUUUUAAGCCUGCUUCAGAGGUUUUCUUGCAGUUGUAAUGACAUCUCGAUGUGAACGAGUGACAAACUCUAAAACCUCUGAGCAUUCCCAGUUUUUAAAAUUUUUACUCUGAGAGAAAUAAGUCAAACUUACAAAAAGGGUUAACUCUUACUCUGGACUUUUAUCGUGAAAUGUUUUUCUUUAAAUUCUGGUUGAACUCAGGAGUCGAAUUUUAAAAUUAUUGUUGUAUUAAAGGUGAGGUAGGCAGGAGUCCGUUAAAGAAGCAUCUUUUUUUGUGAUGUAUAUACAAAUAAGCUUUUAAGAUCAGUCAACAGGUAUUAGUUAUUGAUGACAUUCGGUUAUAUAACGAUAUCGCUGUGUUUUGUUAUGUCCUUGUAGUCAACAUUUAAAAUUUUCAGACUGCUACGCUCUUUCUGACUGUAAACAAAGCCACUCUCCACCUCCCCCAUCCUGAUUGGUUGUGAGGCAGACGCUGCUCCUCCGUGUCAUUCACGAGCCCAAACAAAGUUAGCGUGCUACAAUAUCGGACAGUAGAAACCAACCAGAAAGUACCAAAAAUUGUCUAAAUCCUCCUUUGACCACGACUGCCAACACAAGCAAGAAAAUGAACUAAAUACCAGAGACUCUGGCGGGAGAAUGGGUGCUUAAAAAGGAGGUAGACCAGACAAGAGCUUUCUGCUGGACAGGUAAACCGCUUUAACAAAGUAAGCCAAGUGUCUGUAACAGAGGUGUUUCAUGUCAAGUGGGACCUGCUGUAGCGUGUUGUAGCCCCGCUAAACUGUUGACCUCAGGUCCUGGACUAUGUGACUUUAUCCUAGUUGUAGAAGUCCUGCAAACAUUGUGUUUGCUGGUCGUCUGUUGGCAUAUACAGUAGCACCAAUGCUUUUUACUUUCACGUUGACUGGGCCCCAUUUGUAAUUAUUUGAAGUAUUUAUCUGCAUUAUAUCUGAAUUUAAUUAAAACGAUACAAGUGAGCAGGAACGUCUGUUUGUGGGCGGGGCUUGCUGGAGCAGAGAGGGAGGAGAGAGGAGGAGCUGAGGGGAAAACUGGUCGGGAGGGGUAGGGUUUACAUUCAAGAUUUCUCCCAAAAACUGGAACUUCAUCAGAUCCUGACUACCCACCUUUAAUAUUAAAAUUUAAAGAUUGCAAUCAUGCCCUUAUAUGUGUAUUUGACUCAAAGGGAAGCUCUUAAUGAGUUAUAAGUCUCUAAAACAUUAGCUAAAUACCUGAUGUUUACUACCCAAGAGUCGUAGUUCCUAUAGUCAGUAUUUGCUCUGGUUCCUGUUUUUAGUUCAUUUUUAGUUAGAGUAAUGUUGACCAAUCGCGUAGCAGGAAACAGUCUGUAUGGAGUGCAAAAGCAGGUGUAACACAAUCCAUGAGGACGUAUCUCCAUCAGCAGAUAUCAGUGCAAACAUUCAGAUCUGCUGUUUACUGUUCUACAAACCAAUCAGCAUCUAGAUUUUGCGACCUGACAAAGCUCGACUUUUACCUUUUUACAAACCUGCACCCUGAACUUUGGUGUUUUUUUCAGGCUCAGAGCUCUAAAGAAAGUAAGAGAGGAGUAACCUCUGAGUAACUUAGUAUUUACAGUGAAACCGAGGCUGGACGGAAACAGAUGAACUUCUUAGUCCUCUGAAUAUCUGUGUUUUUGCCUCAGUCUUGUCCUCAAUUUGUUCAACACUAACCUUUAAAAGUCAACAGGAAGUUUGUCACUUCCACUAAAUAUGGUGGAGAAUGAUUACUGCUCAGUGGAAAUAAAAGCAGAACCUGUAACAUUACAAUUAUCUACCUACUUAAAAGUUCCUGUAUCAGAAAUAAAGAGCUUCAGGAGAGAUUCAGGAGCUCUAGAUCCUAGCAUGAUACUCUUCUCUGUCCCGUCUGAUGAAACAGGUCCCCCUCUCCUCGUCCUCAUACCCUUAAGUCAGUCAGUUGAACCAGUUUGGAAACAUUCCUCUCGGAGUAUUUGAGUCCUCUGAAACCUCCUUGUUCUGGAUUUUGUUGUUACUUGAUGCAGAGGAUGAUUCAAACCUAAAAGCCAUUUCUCCUACCUACCCUCGGUAGAACCACAGCUGUAGUAAUACUUGACUCGAAAUCCUAACUUUAUGCAAUAUAUUCCUGUAUAUCAAUGCUGUAUUUGUGUGUGUUGUCGUCGUUGCUGUAAAUCCUUCCAUCGAAGUAUUUUACGUUGCAGCUGCUGUCUCUCCAUCACUGAGAAGUAUUUACUGAUGUGAACUCUGAUAAACCCACUUCAUCGUUUCCUCAUGAAAGCCAUUUUAACGUAGAGAGUUUUAUUAAGUUUCUGUUCUUAUCAAUGAGUUAGUGAUCUCUUCUGUUAUUAUCUGUGCACCACAAGUAUUGGUUCAUAUGUGAUAUAAGUGUGUGUGUGUGUGUGUGUGUGAGUGUGUGUGAGAGCGUGCUUUUCGUCUGUAAUUGCUCAUAAUUGCUGGUUCAGAUUAAGAUCAUAUCUGAUUUUUCUGACAAUGUGUGAGAAAGGUCUUAUUUCCAGAUUAAAUGUGUGAACAUUUCAUCAGAAAACUGGAGUUGGUUUAUUGAUUCAAAGAAUAAAAAAAACACAAAAACAUAAAAAA